AUGGGAUUCACAGACUUCCUUAACGAUGCUGGUCUUACCAUGCUCAAUAACUGGUUGGAGACUCGCUCAUAUAUCGUUGGAUUCUCCCCAAGCCAAGCUGAUGUCGCCGUCUUCAAGGCCCAGCAAUCCGCCCCAGAUGCCGCAAAAUUCCCCCACGCUGCUAGAUGGUACAAGCACAUCAACUCCUGGACCGAGGACUUCGCUACCCUCCCAGGUGAUGCUUCCCAGGAAUACACUACAUAUGGCCCAGAAAAGACCGAGGCUACCUUGAACCCAUCAAAGGCACCAGCAGCUGAGGAAGAGGAUGAUGAUGAUGAAGUCGAUCUUUUCGGAAGUGAUGAUGAGGAAGAAGAUGCGGAGGCUGCCAAACUCAGAGAUGAGCGCGUGGCUGAGUACAAGAAGAAGAAGGAGGGCAAGACCAAGCCUGCUGCCAAGUCUGUUGUCACUAUGGAUGUCAAACCAUGGGACGAUGAGACCGACAUGAAGUUAUUGGAGGCUUCUGUUCGUAGCAUUGAGAAGGAUGGUCUCGUCUGGGGUGCUUCCAAACUUGUAGCUGUUGGUUUCGGUAUCAAGAAGUUACAGAUUAACUUGGUCAUUGAGGACGACAAGAUUGGUCUUGAUGAUUUGCAAGAGGAGCUUGCAACCGAGUUCGAUGAAUAUAUCCAAUCUUCCGAUAUUAGAUUGCCCAUAUCGCGCUUACUGUUCUGGAAGGAGCCGCAUCUUGUUAACGAGAGGACAAUCUGGAACCUUGAACAACCCACAACCGGUAACAAAACACUGCAUUCUCCAAAUAUGACUUGGAUAUCCAAAUCAGUUACGGGUCUUGGCUUGCUGUUUCUCACACACGCUUGCUAUUCUGCCCAUGAGCACUCGGUCCUGCAAUCCACAGGAACUGCCAAUCUAUCUUCUAUUACCUCUCACGCUGCGAACACUGCUUCUCUACCGAUCGACAUAUCUAUCGAGACCAUCGUAUCGAUUUUCAUAGUUUGUCUAGGCUUAGUAUUAGGCACACCGGAAUUACGACCUAUACAAUGGCGCGUUUGGGCAGGUAAAAUUGAGCGAGAGGGAGCGAAAGGAUUCAUGAAUGCGGACGGUGAGGUGGAUAAGGAUUUUGUUGGAAACCCUUUCAGAGUUCUCGAGAGUCGGCCAAGCUUCAUAGACAUCAGAAGACAAAGAUAUGACUUUGCGGAGUGGGUUAGGGAAGGAGGGGAACAAACCACGGCACGAGAGUCAUAG